AUGGACCUUCCUGUCCUACGUCUGCACUCUGACAGAGGUGAGCGCCGCAUUGGCUUAGUCAUGGAGGUGGCUCGUACCUCCAUGAUCCAUGCGGUUGCUCCCCAUUUUCUGUGGCCGUUUGCGGUCCGGUAUGCUGCGCAUCAGCUCAACCUCUGGCCCCGUGUCUCCUUGCCGGAGACCUCGCCCACACUGCGUUGGAUGGGGGAGGUUGGCAAUGCGCCGCAUUUCCGGGUCUGGGGCUCUCGUGCCUUUGUCCGCGAUACCUCCGUGGACAAGCUCUCCUCCCGCGCUAUUCCCCGUAUCAUCCUUGGCUUCCCCCCUGACGCGCCUGGCUGGCAGUUUUACCACCCCACCUCGCGCCGGGUUCUGCCCUCUCAGGACGUCACGUUUGACGAGUCGGUUCCUUUCUACCGUCUCUUCCCCUACCGCACUGCCCCUCUCCCCCCCCCGCCGCUCUUCCUCGCUCCAGGUGCUGCUGGGGGUGGUGCUGCUCGGGGUGCUGCGUCUGGGGGUGCGGAGCCUGCGGUUGCGGAGCCUGGGAGUGUCGAGCAUGAGCGUGCGGGGCCUAGGGGUGCUGAGCCUGUGCUUACGGAGCCUGAAUGUGCGGAGCCUGGGGGUGCUAAGCCUGGGGGUGCUGAGCCUGAGCUCUUCAGGGUGCCUCGCCGCAGCGGUCUCCCCUCUCACCUCAACAGUUGCGCGAGUGGUUUGCUCGACGUACCCGCCUUCGGAGUCGCGCUACUGGAGCUGGAGGCACUGGAGCUGGAGGUGCUGGAGCGGGAGGCGCUGGAUCUCGAGGGGCUGGAGCUGGAGGCGCUGGCGCUGGAGGCGCUGGAGCUGGAGGCGCUGGAGCUGGAGGCGCUGGAGCUGGAGGCGCUGGAGCUGGAGGUACUGGAGCUGGAGGCACUGGAGCUGGAGGCGCUGGAGCUGGAGGUGCUGGAGCUGGAGGCGCUGGAGCUGGAGGCACUGGAGCUGGAGGUGCUGGAGCUGGAGGUGCUGGUGCUGGAGGCACUGGAGCUGGAGGCACUGGCGCUGGAGGCGCUGUUGUUGGAGGUGCUGGAGCUGGAGGUACUGGCGCUGGAGGCGCUGGCAAUGGAGGUGCUAGAGGUGGAGGCCCUGUGCAGCAGCGACCGUUCUUAG